AUGAAGAACAAUCCUAGCUUCAAUUACGAGAAGACAGAGAAGAUGCCUGUACAGCAGCGUCAGCGAACCAUCCGUCACAACUCAGCCAUUCCGGAGGUUCGGACUAGAAAAACAGAAACAACCCCUGUGUCUAAACAUAGUGAAAAUGAUAAUAUAGUACGAUGUCCUUAUCAUCACACAAGACAUUCACUGAAUGAAUGUACCAAGUUCAGGUCUAAGACUAUGGAAGAAAGAAAGAAGUUUAUUAUAGCCAAUGGAAUCUGCCUAAAGUGUUGUGGGCCUGACAAACAUUAUGCUAAGAAUUGUGCAACCUUGAUAAAGUGUGGCUUGUGUAGCCAGUCCUCUCAUCCUACAGCACUUCAUAUCGACAGUCCUAGUCGUCGAGAUAGCAGGGAAAAGGAAAACCAUGGAGGGGAGCAAAGUCGUGAAGCUGUCACAAUUUCUUGCACUAAAAUAUGUGGGACAGUGAAGGGGACAAGCAAGUCUUGUGCAAAAAUCCUGCCAGUGAAAAUAUACCUUAAAGACUCUGUAAAUCAGUGCAGAAUUGUUUAUGCUAUGUUGGAUGACCAAAGCAAUCAUUCCCUAGCAGCACCCUCACUCCUCGAUGCAUUCAAUGUGGAUGGACCUGAGUAUGAAUACACUUUGACGUCUUGUUCGGGUUCAGUUAUGUCAGCAGGAAGAAGGGCUCAGGGACUCGUUGUUGAAUCCAUUGAUGGCAGUUGUUCCUUUGAUCUCCCCACAUUAAUUGAAUGCUCAGAUUUACCGAACAACAGGGAGGAAAUACCAUCGCCUCGUAUAGCUGAACAAUUUUCCCACCUUGCAGAUAUCAAAGACAGCAUUCCAGAGCUGAUUGAGAGUGCUGAGAUUGAACUACUGAUCGGAAGAGAUCUCAUUUCUGCUCAUGUUGUUGAGGACCAAAGACAUGUGACAGGAAAUCCUGUUCCCUAUGCUCAAAAACUUCCCCUAGGCUGGGUAAUUAUCGGGCCUGUUUGUCUAGACGCUGUUCACAUGCCUGAUAAAGUGACAGUACAUAAAACAUAUGUGUUGAGCAAUGGCCGUCCUUCAGUGUUUCAGCCUUGUGAUAACAAGCUCUUGGUUAAGGAUGAUGAUUUCUUGAAAACAGAUCAUGAUGAGAAAAUUGCUCCAUCCAUAGAGGACACUACCUUUCUUGACAUUAUAGACAAAGAAUUCCAAAGGAACCCAGAUGGUUAUUGGGAGGCGCCUCUUCCGUUCCGGACCCAAAGGCAGCUGUUACCAAACAAUAAACCCCAAGCCAUCAAUCGAGCACUGUCGCUUGAUCGUAGUUUGAAACGGAACCUUAUCAAGAGAGAACACGUGUCAAAGUUCAUGGACAAAAUAUUUGAGAAGGGACAUGCAGAGGAAGCACCACCUAUUCCAGAUACGAAAGUACGAUGGUACCUUCCCAUGUUCGGUGUUUAUCAUCCGCAAAAAAGAGAUUCCAUACGAAUGGUGUUUGACUCGUCUGCGAAGUUCAACAACAUUUCACUCAAUGAUGUCCUCCUGAAAAGUCCAGACAUCACGAACAAUCUUCAAGGCAUUCUAUUACGCUUUCGUCGUGAGAAGGUAGCAGUAAUAGGGGAUGUGGAACAGAUGUUUCACAAUUUUAAGGUGAAAUUAGAUCACGGAGAUUACUUGCGCUUUUUAUGGCAUCCAGAAAACAAUUUAGACCUGCCAUUAAAGGAGUACCGAAUGACCGUCCAUGUCUUUUUGAAUCGCCCAUCCCCAGCCUUCGCAACAUAUGGACUACGUCGUUGUGUUGCUUACUCUGACCCUGAUGUGAUUGACUUCAUAUCGAAAGACUUUUACGUAGAUGAUGGACUCUUAAGUUGUCCAAGUGAAGAUAUGGCCAUAGAACUGAUGAAGAGAACUCAGCUUGCUCUGAAAGAAGGGGGACAACUAAAACUUCACAAAAUCUCCUCAAAUUCUAAGUCAGUGUUGUUGAAGUUUCCAGCGGAUGAUCUAGCCAAAGACCUGGAAGGAUUUAGAUAUUGGUGGAGAUGA